AUAAACUAGACUUCAAUAUGACGCGAGAGGUGACUAUCAACGGACCUUUGCUCCUUUUAUUCAGGGUUACGUAAGUAUACGGAAAACAAAUUGUCGGUAUCAAUGGUGUCUGCCGGAAACUCCACCUUCCGGGAUCGGACAUCAGAAUUCCGAUCUCUGUCGGACACAUUGAAAAAGUUUGGGCGAAUAUCAGCUGCCAAUCCAGAUCGAUCAAAUCAGCAAAAUGAUCCAUCGACGUCAUCUAAACUACCGGUAACUCCUUCUUCAUAUCGAUCCGAAUUCAACAAGAAGGCUUCUCGUAUUGGAUUAGGCAUCCAUGAAACCUCCAAAAAAAUCUCCAGACUGGCUAAUCUGGCUAAGAAGUCAUCAAUUUUUGAUGAUCCGUUGAAGGAGAUACAAGAACUAACAGCCUUGAUAAAGAACGAUAUAACAGCCCUAAAUGUAGCUGUAUCUGAUUUGCAAACUCUUCAAAACAUGGAAAUUGCUGAGGGUGAUUAUUCAGAAGAUACAGUUGUCCAUUCUACUGCUGUUUGUGAUGAUUUGAAGAACAAGCUAAUGGGAGCUACAAAAAAGUUUCAAGAUGUAUUAACAACAAGGACUGAGAACAUCAAGGCUCAUGAAAACAGGAGACAAAUCUUUUCUACAAGUAUAGCAAGAGAGAACCCGUUACGCCAGCAACCAAAGUCCGUGAUGGAGCCACCUCCUUGGUCAACUCCAUCCGGUCAACCAUCUGAAUCUUCAGUAAAUGGAGUCCAAGUUGGCAACCAACUAAGGAGAAGGUUAGCUGUUGAGAGUAGUACUCCUUCCCAGAACAUGAACACGGGAGCCUCAAUGUUACAGCAGCAGGUGGUCCCACAACAAGAAAGCUAUACACAAAAUCGUGCAGUUGCUCUACAAAGUGUGGAGUCUACAAUUACAGAACUGAGUGGGAUCUUUACAAAUUUGGCUACAAUGGUGGCCCACCAGGGGGAGUUAGCUAUUAGGAUUGAUGACAAUAUGGAGGAAAGUUUGUCAAAUGUUGAAGGUGCUAGAGGAGCUCUUUUGAAGCAUUUAAACCGGAUAUCAUCAAACAGCAAUUUCAAUGUCGCCAGCUUUCACAUGAGUUUUGCUGCGAGUAUGACCACGCCGGCGUGUUUUCGCGGGAACAUUGUUCCUGUAUCGCAGUGCAGUUCAUGUUGCGACAUCCGAUUCCAGCCUUUCAUCUCUUCGUACAUCAAUCAUGGCAUCAGACGAAACAUUUAUCCUGUGAAAUGCGUUUCCAGGUUAGUGGUUAGUGGCAAUCGAGUGGUAAAAUGCAGAGCGAGUGAAACGGAGACUGGACCUGAUGACGAUGAUGAUAAAGAAAAAGAAGCGCAUGAAGCUGCUGAAACUGCAGAACCAUCGAUAUCGAGUGGUUCAGAUAUUGGGGAUGAUAAAGAAAAAGAUAAGGGCCAACCUAGUCAGUUGGAAGCACUUAACAAGUUCCUGGAUAGUAACAAGGCCCAAGGACUUACCGAGGAUAAAGGCCAACCUACUCAGUUGGAUAUGCUUAACAAGUUACUAAACAAAGAUGAUGUUGAAGCUAAACCCAAGGAAGUGACUGAGGGUCAGCUUGCUCAAUUGGAGUCACUCAACAAUACACUAAAUACCAAUGAUACUGAAUCUAAGACCAAAGGACUUUCCGAGGAUGCUGAUAAAAUAGAGGUUACAAGUGGAUCACCCCUGCCAGGUGUCAAGCCACAACAACUUGAUGAAUUAUUCAUGAUUCCAAAAGAAACAAUCGACAUUUUGAAAGACCAAGUCUUUGGAUUCGACACUUUCUUUGUGACAAGCCAGGAGCCAUAUGAGGCUGGAGUACUGUUCAAAGGAAACCUACGUGGACAAGCUGCUGUGACUUACAAAAAGAUAGAAAAAAGACUACAUGAGACAUUUGGAGAUCAAUAUAAGCUUUUCCUUCUGAUCAACCCUGAAGACGAUAAACCUGUUGCAGUUGUUGUUCCAAGAAAGACCUUACAACCUGAAACAACUGCUGUCCCAGAAUGGUUUGCUGCUGGAUCUUUUGGAAUAGUUACAAUAUUCACAUUACUUUUACGCAACGUCCCCGCUUUACAAUCCAACUUAUUAUCCGUUUUUGACAAUACGGAAGUAUUAAAAGAGGGGGUUUCUGGAGCCCUAGUAACCGCACUUAUUUUGGGCGUACAUGAAAUCAGUCACAUUUUGGUUGCAAAAGAAGCAGGAGUUAAACUCGGGGUUCCAUUUUUUGUACCCAGUUGGCAAAUAGGCUCAUUUGGUGGGAUAACACGGAUUCUAAACAUCGUACCAAAACGGGAAGAUCUUCUGAAAAUUGCAGCAGCAGGACCUUUAGCAGGGUUUUCAUUAGGGUUGCUUCUUUUGCUGUUUGGGUUUUUCUUGCCACCAGCUGAUGGUAUCGGGGUAAUUGUUGAUGCUUCUGUAUUUCACGAAUCGCUUCUUGCUGGUGGAAUAGCGAAAUUGGUGCUUGGUGAUGUUUUGAAAGAAGGAGCGACGAUAGCGGUGAAUCCGUUGGUGAUAUGGGCGUGGGCCGGACUUCUCAUCAAUGCAAUCAACAGUAUCCCCGCCGGAGAGCUAGACGGUGGUCGGAUAUCUUUUGCAAUAUGGGGACGAAAGGCUGCAUCGAGGUUCACAGCUGCUUCUAUUGUGCUAUUGGGGCUAUCUUCGUUGUUAGAUGACGUGGCAUUUUAUUGGGUGGUUUUGAUAUUUUUCUUACAACGAGGGCCAAUUGCUCCACUAGCUGAAGAAAUCAGCGAACCUGAUAACAAGUACGUUGCAUUGGGAAUCACGGUUUUAGUUUUGAGUCUACUUGUUUGUUUGCCUUACCCUUUUCCUUUCACUGAAGCAAUUACUACAAGUAUGUAGACGUCUGUUUUAGUGGGUGAGGUAUUAAAUAUUACUAAUAAACAUCAAUACAUGACCUCUUUAGUGUAGCGAGUGGAAUAAUAAAGAUCCAUAUGUAUAUGCACAUGUACAUGUCAUUCUUUUCAUUUUCAUAAUUUUCACA